AUGUCAAACUUUUUUAGAGAUAGUUCGAUGGGAUUUAAGCCUAGACCAAACAUCUUCGCCAAACUAAGAGUUAGAGAUGCAGAUUCAGAAUCUUCCUCUGAUAAUGUCAUAGAGGAUUCAGCCAAAUGUGCCCAGGCGGAUUCUUCCAUAGAUGAAGAUGAUGCGUUUAAAAAACCCCACCAUACUUCCACUGAACGAGAAGUAAUUCCGAAUAUAAACCUCAGUAAGAUGAAUCAUAGUUACACUAAUAGUGGGAUGAAUAUAAAUUCACCGAAGAACUUAACAACAGACCAGUACAACAGAACUCUAAACAAUAAUGACGCCAGAAAUGAAAAUGAUACUGACGAAGAUUUUGAAAUUACAGAAGUAAGAGAAGUGAGUGAAGGUGUGACAAAAGAAUUGAAAGCAGGUCAUGGGGAUCCUAAUGAUUCUGAGACAACGCUUAAAGACAGUAAAAUUCAUGAAUACGCCAUGACAAAUGGCAAGCCUCUUUUACACACAUCAGUUGAUACUUCCAGUGCAUCUUCCAAUGAUGUCUUGUUAGAAGCUUUUACAAAUACCCAAAGGAUAUGUUCAAAUUUGAAGCAAGAGCUACAAAAACAGCAACAAGACAAUGCAAAGUUAAAGAUUCGACUACAGUCGUAUAUUUCUGAUUCUGACAAGAUUAAUGAAAAAGUGGUUAAAUAUAAAUCUUGCUUAGAAACUCUUCAAGAGAGAAUUGUAACAUUGAGUGGUCAUAAGAAUAGUCAAGAUGCCAAGCUAAAGGAUUUAAGACAAAACCACCAACUAUAUCAGAGAAGGAUAAGCGGAUUUAAAGCAAAUAUUGAAAACUUGAACAGAACAAUCAACGACUUAGGAAAGCAUAAAAAGGAAACAGACACGGAGUUAAUGAAAAAGGGUAAAGAAAUUGAAUAUCUAAAAAGAGAACUAGACGACUGUUCAGGCCAAUUGAGCGAGGAAAAAAUCAAGAAUAGUUCGUUAAUACAGGAGAUAGGGAAAAGUAGAGAACAAAUGACUAAAACAAUCGAGGGUUUCUUUUCAGAAGAUAAAACUCAACAUACUAUGCAUUUUAACAAGCUCGAAGAAAAAGUUCAUGACCUACUUGAAGAAAAGUUACAAAAACACUUCAAUACUGCAAAAGAUACCCUUAAUAUAGGACUGAAAGAAGCUGGUACAGAGUUGAGUAGCCAUACAGAGACUAUACUCAAGCAACAAUAUGUGGAGUUCAAAGAGAAUUUACAACGAAGAAUAUCAUCGAGUGAGAAUAAGAUUACAGAAACACUAACUGAGCUGGAUAUGAACCAAAAAGAACUUGUGACAGGUGUACAAAAAGAACUCUUAGCAUCAUCAGGAAAUAGUCAAACUGUUUUACUAACCGAAAUAAAUAAUAUAAAACAUGACCUGCUUGAUGAUUCAUCGAAAGCUGCUAAAAAUUAUCUGGGCUUGGAAAACUUGCUGAAGACAUAUAAAGCGGAAAUAAUCCAGUCCAGCGAGUAUGAAGAAAGGAUAAAACAUUUGGAGAGUGAACGGUCAACAUUAUCUUCACAAAAGAAUCAGAUUAUUAGCUCUCUUGGUACUAAAGAGGCACAGUAUGAAGAUCUUGUCAAAAAAAUAGAGGCGAAGAACAUAGAAAUCUCACAAAUCUCUGGCAAAGAGCAGAGUUUAACCGAAAAAAAUGAGAGCCUUUCUAAUGAACUGAAAACAGUUCAAGGCCAACUCGACAAGAUAAACAAUUUGAACAUCACCACAAAGUCAAAUUACGAAAAUAAAAUAUCUUCUCAAAACGAGAUUGUCAAGGCAUUAACAUCCGAAAAUGAAACUCUGAAGCAAAGAAUCCAACAACUAGUAGAAUUCAAGGAAAAUGCACAAAAAGAUCAUUCAACAAAAUUGGAGGCUUUCCAGAAAAAUAAUGAGCAGCUUCAAAAGCUAAAUGUCGAAGUGGUCCAGUUGAAGGCCCAUGAGUUAGAACUUGAAGAACAGAAUAGACAUUUAAAAAAUUGUUUAGAAAGAAAGGAAAUUGGUGUUGAAGAAUCAUUAAGCGAUGUAAAAACUCUAAAACAACAGAUGAUAGUCUUGAAAUCAGAAAAACAAGAUAUAACAGCCGAAAAGUUAGAAUUACAAGAUAGUCUCGAAAAUCUGGAAGACGUAACCAAGAAUUUACAACAGAAGGUGCAAUUGCAAAAGAAGGAAUUAGAACAGAAAAUACAAGAGUUAGAGGAGAUUAAAAACUGUAAAAGAGUCGCAUCUAAUCAAAGGAGUACACAAAACUUUACAAACCCAUCAGAUUCGCCUAAAAAAAAUGGUAUAGCCUCUGAUUACUUUCCUAAUGGCGCUGCUUGUGCACUUUCUCCAAUGAAAAGAUGUCCUAGGGUGGAUCACACAAGCAAAUCAACAAAAGUCAAUUCAUCCAAAGAAGCAUCCAAAUUAAACGAUGAAUUUGAUCUUUCUUCGUCUUCAAAUGACGAUUUAGAGUUGACCAACCCCUCUCCUAUUCAAAUAAGACCAGUCAAAGGAAAAAUUAAAAAAGGUUCAAAUAGCAUGAAACCUCCAAUUUCCUCAAGAAAAAAGUUGCUACUAGUAGAAGAUGAUGAUCAGCCAUUAAAAAUAAGCAAGAAAAGAAGAAGGAAGUAA